AAGAAAAACCAAAAGAAUGAGUUAAUAAGAAAAAAUCGCAAACUUCAUAAAAAUUAAUUGUGUUUAUCAAAUUUUGAUUGGCUAAAAACUAAGAGGAAUAGUUCAUCACAAAAAUUAUACAUUUAUAAUUAAAAGAUAAUAAAUUUUAUUAAUAUGUUUGAAAACUCUAAAACAUAAAUCAUUUUAAAACAAAUGAAGUAUCAGAAACCUAUUUCAUUCAAGAAUGGUUCACAAAAUAUUUUGCAUGAGUUUGAUUUUAUUUUAGUGGUUUAAACUUAAUAAAACAUUUUUACUUUAGACUUUUUCUUUGUCCCUCCAUUUCUGCCGCCGAAAAGAUACAAACUCCUUUCUCUUCUAUCCAAUGAACCAAUCCAUUAAAAUUCUUUUGAGUUCCUAUAUAAAUAUGUCAAUCUUAGCACUUCAUUAUAGAAAUCACUAUUUACGUAAAAAAUCCAUAACAAUGAAAUUUUCAUAUUCUCUAUCCAAACGAUUUUCUUUGCCUAUUUUGAUCCUACAAUUCCUCAUCAUACAUAGUGUUUCAUCAUUAAACCUUACCAAUGAGUAUCUCAACCACAAAUGCUUCCUUAAUCAAGGGAAAUAUAAGUCUGGAAGUCAAUACGAGGAAAACCUCAACUGGAUCUUCGAUGAUAUCCGUACAAGUCCUUAUGCUUUAACCGGUUUCUCACACUUAAGUGUUGAAAAAACACCAGCCGAUUUUGUUGCUGUCACUUCCCAGUGUCGUGGUGACAUUUAUGAGUCUAAAUGCCGUACAUGCAUUGAUACCGUAAUUUCAGGGUUUCGUAAGAGAUGUCCGAGUAACAAAGGAGGAAUAAUAUGGUACGAUCAAUGUCUUCUCUAUAUUAAUACGAUCAAAGAAAAAGAUCCAGCCCCGACUAAUUACAAGAAUAUUUUUUCUAUGCACAACCCAAAUAAUGUGAGAGGGGAUGCAAAACUGUUCGCCAUGAGGGUGAUGGAUUUUUUCUCUGAGCUAACACUUAAAGUCAAGAAAACCACCAAGUAUAGCCUCAUAUUUUACGCGGCAGGGGAAAAGAAGCUCGGAAAAAAUAAAUUAUAUGCAAUGGUGCAAUGUUUACAACUAACAAUGGAUUGCAAAGGUUGUUUGACUUGGAGUAUCUUAAAGCUUUUCGAAAACAACGAGAUUAAACAAGGAGCGCGAGUUUUGGGUACGGACUGUGAUUUAAGGUAUGAGCUAUACCCUUUCCUUAGGAGUUAAGCAUUUUAAGUUAUAUUUUUUUUUUUUUUGCUGAAAUGUAAUAUCCAUUU